AUGGCCGGCCUCUUCAACUUCCGUCGGAGGCAUGAGCCUGGCGAGAUACAGCCGGAGAUUCUCCCCGCCACCAGCGGGGCUUACGGCGUGGAAGAGGACAACAUCCAGGCGGCCACGGGCUCGGACGCGCUCAACACGCUCAAGCAAUUCAAGAACCUGCACCAAUUCGAUCCCAAUUUGCCAAUCGAGGAGCUCAACGACAUUGACGAUGCGCUGCAGAGCGGCAAUGCUGAGAAGGGGCUGCAGAUGGAGCAGGUCAUCGUCGAGGACAACUCGCCGUACGCCGAGGUGCGCGCGUCUGUCCGCAACUACGACGUCGACCUGCCGGCCAACACGAUCCGCGCCUGGGUGAUUGGGAUGGUUCUCUGCACCGUCGGCUCCGGCGUCAACAUGCUCUUCUCGCUGCGCAACCCCAGCGUCACGGUGACGACGUACGUGAUCCAGCUGGUGGCGUACCCCAUCGGCCUGCUCUGGGACGUCGUCUUCCCCGACCGCGUUUGGAGCCUCUGCGGACUCAAGUUCAACCUGAAGCCGGGCCCGUUCAACUUUAAGGAGCACGUGAUCAUCGUGGUCAUGUCCAAUGCUGCCUAUGGUGGUGGUGCUCUCUAUGCCACGGACGUCAUCAUUGCCCAGGAAAAGUGGUACCACCAAUACUUUGGCUGGGGCUGGCAGAUCCUGUUCGGCAUCACCACGCUCUGCACGGGCUACGGUAUUGCCGGGCUGUCGCGUCGCUUCCUCGUGUGGCCGGCGGCCAUGAUCUGGCCCAGCGACCUGGUCAAUGCAGCGCUCUUCUACACGCUGCACGACCACUCGCCGUCUGACCCGGCCCACACCAACGGAUGGCGGGUCGGGCGCUACCGCUGGUUCAUGAUCGUGUUCGUGCUGGCCUUUGUGUGGUACUGGUUCCCCGGCUGGAUCUUCCAGGGUUUGAGCUGGUUCUGCUGGCUCACAUGGAUCUGGCCCAAGAGCAAGGUGGUCAACCAGGUGUUUGGCGGCCUUAGUGGCUACGGCCUGAUGCCGAUGACGCUUGACUGGACGAUCGUGUCAGGCUAUCUUGGCUCGCCGCUGAUCCCGCCGUUCCAUGCCAUUGCCAACUCGCUCUUCGGCAUCAUCUUGUUCUUCGUUGUCGUCUCGUCGGGCCUGCACUUUAGCAACGUGUGGGACAGCGGCUAUCUGCCGGUGCAAAGUUCUAGCGCCUUUGCCAACACCGGCCACAAGUACAACGUGACAGAGAUUCUGACCGACCUGAAGUUCGACGAGGCCAAGUACAAGGCCUACUCGCCGCUCUUCCUCUCGACGCAGUUUGCCCUUACGUACGGCCUGUCGUUUGCGGCCGUUGCGUCCGUGGUGGUGCACGUGGUGCUGUACCACGGCCAGGAGAUCUGGUCGCAGUUCCGGCUUGCGCGCCACCAGGAGGACGACGUGCACAUGCGGCUGAUGAAGAAGUACCGCGACGCGGAGGACUGGUGGUACGCGGUGCUCUUUGUCAUUAUGAUCGGCCUCUCCUUUGCCGUCGUCUGUGGCUGGCCAACCGACUUCCCUUGGUGGGGCUACAUUGUGUGCAUGAUUCUGCCGCUGGUGUGGACGAUUCCGAUUGGCAUCAUCCAGGCCAUCACCAACAUCCAGCUGGGGCUGAACGUGCUGACCGAGUUCAUCGUCGGUUACAUGCUUCCGGGCCGGCCGCUAGCGAUGAUGAUGUUCAAGAACUACGGCUACCUCUGCAUGUCGCAGGCGCUGUACUUUGCCCAGGACCUGAAGCUGGGCCACUACAUGAAGGUGCCGCCUCGCACUAUGUUCUGGGCGCAGUUGGCGGCGUCGAUCUGGUCUGCGAUUGUGCAGAUUGCGGUCAUGAACUGGGCGCUGGGAUCGAUCCACGACGUCUGCUCGGACGAUCAGAAGAACUCGUACACGUGCGCCAACGCGAAGGUGUUUUACACCGCUUCAGUCAUUUGGGGUGCUAUCGGUCCCAAGCGCAUGUUCAGCGGCGACGCCAUCUACCACAAGCUGCAGUACUUCUGGCUGGUCGGCGCCAUCACGCCCAUCAUUACCUGGUUCCUGGCGCGCCGGUACCCCAAGUCGGUCUGGCGCUACGUCAACAUGCCGCUCAUCUUUGGCGGCCCCGGUUGGCUGCCGCCCGCCACCGUGUUCAUCUACCUCUGCUGGGGCAGCGUGGGCACGUUCUUCAACUGGUUCGUCAAGCGGAGGUGGUCUGGCUGGUGGAUGCAGUACAACUACGUCACGUCGGCUGGUCUGGACAGCGGCCUGAUCGUGUCUACCCUGAUCAUCUUCUUCAGCCUGUACCUCACCUCGGCCACGGCGCCGCAGUGGUUCGGCAACGUCGGUGCCCUCGAAACGCUCGACAUGAAGGGAAAGGCUCUACACCUCGAGCUUCCUGCGGGCCAGAAGUUUGGCCCGUCCAAUUGGUCGUAG